AUGGAGACAACAAAUCUGAUGAUGACAAGCAUGUUGAUAAAGGACAAAUGCGAGAGUGAGGUCGAUGCCGAGACAGGCAAGGAGAGUCGGGAGGUGAAAGCACAAGAGGAGAGCGUGCAGGAUGAAAACUGUCGACUGAUGCUGGCUGAUGGUCUUGCAGAGAGAGGACCCAAAUCUCUGAGCCUGGUUUCUGGCCAGCAGGUGUCCAAUGGCUUCACAACGUCCAGCCCUCAAAACUCCAAAGAGGAAACAGGGCUUUCUGCAACUUACUCUGCAAGUUCAGUGUCGGGAUCUGUAGGUGGCUCCGGGUCGGCGGCACAGCUAGGAGGCCUCAGAACUCUGGUCGUCCAACAAACCAGCUUGGAUCGGCCCAGAGAAACAUGGAGCAAGAAGAUGGACUUCUUGCUCUCUGUGAUUGGCUACGCAGUGGACCUGGGCAAUGUGUGGCGUUUCCCAUACAUCUGCUACCAAAAUGGAGGAGGUGCCUUUUUGCUUCCCUACCUAUUAAUGGCGGUCUUCGGAGGUGUGCCUCUCUUCUACAUGGAGCUCGCUCUCGGCCAAUUCCACCGCAAUGGCUGCAUCUCCAUUUGGAAACACAUCUGCCCCAUCUUCAAAGGUAUAGGUUUUGCUAUCUGCAUCAUAGCCCUCUACAUUGCCUUCUAUUACAACACCAUCAUGGCCUGGGCAUUGUACUACCUAUUGUCAUCGUUCCAGUCCACCCUUCCUUGGACCACCUGCUCUAACAGCUGGAACACAGGCAACUGUCACAGCUACAUGUCCACCGACCAGAAUGUUUCUUGGUCCAACUCUUCCACCUCUCCUGCCGAGGAGUUCUAUACUCGACACGUCUUGCAGGUCCACCUCUCUUCGGGUCUACACCAGCUGGGUUCCAUCAGCUGGCAGCUGGCCCUUUGCUUGCUCUUCAUCUUCACCAUUGUCUACUUCAGCAUCUGGAAGGGAGUCAAGACAUCUGGAAAGGUGGUCUGGGUAACAGCAACCUUCCCUUACUUGGUCCUCCUGGUGCUCCUCAUCCGUGGGGCCACUCUACCUGGUGCCUGGAGAGGUGUGGUCUUCUAUCUCAAACCUGAUUGGGAGAAACUUCUCAGCACCACAGUGUGGAUCGAUGCCGCAGCCCAGAUUUUCUUCUCUCUGGGUCCGGGCUUCGGAGUUCUCCUUGCCUUUGCCAGCUACAAUCCAUUUCACAACAACUGCUACAAAGACGCUUUGGUAACCAGCUCAGUGAACUGCCUCACCAGUUUUUUGUCUGGGUUUGUGAUUUUUACUGUACUGGGUUACAUGGCUGAGAUGAGGCAGCAGGAUGUGGAUGCUGUUGCCAAGGAUGCUGGACCCAGUCUGCUUUUCAUCAUUUAUGCAGAAGCCAUUGCAAACAUGCCUGCUGCAACCUUCUUUGCAAUAAUCUUCUUCCUCAUGAUCAUUAUGUUGGGUCUGGACAGCACAUUUGCAGGGUUGGAGGGGGUGAUCACUGCCAUGCUUGAUGAAUUCCCCAAUGUCCUGGUUAGGAGACGAGAGUGUUUUGUCCUUGGCCUUGUUUGCGUCUGCUACCUUGGGGCCCUCUCCACCCUCACAUAUGGAGGAGCUUUUGUGGUGAAGUUGUUUGAGGAAUACGCCACGGGCCCUGCAGUUAUCACUGUGGUGCUGCUUGAAGUCAUUGCUGUUUCUUGGUUCUACGGUACCACUCGUUUCUGCAAUGACAUCCAGGUCAUGCUUGGUUUCUACCCGGGAUGCUUCUGGAGGAUCUGCUGGGUCGCUAUUUGCCCAAGCUUUCUCCUGUUCAUCAUCAUCAGCUUUCUGGCCUUCCCUCCUGAGGUGAAAUUAUUUGACUACCAGUAUCCACCUUGGACCACUGCCCUUGGCUACAGUAUUGGGGUGUCCUCGUUAAUCUGUGUGCCUGUUUACAUGGUCUACCACCUAAUCAAUGCUAAGGGCACAUUUAAACAGCGUCUAUCAAAGAGCAUCACUCCGGAGCCCAGCAAUGACCAACACAGAGGCUUCAUUGUCACCAACGCAGUCUGA